AUGAACCCUUGGAUCCAUCUCACGAGCCUCCUCAGCUUGAGUGCUGUGGUUGCAGCAGCUCCUCGUACCAAGACCUGCUACACCAGUCCUCCCACUACCAUCACCAAGUUCGUUACUCCGACUUGUCCAGCUCCCAAGACUGUCUAUCUUGACGCAGCGGGCAACACCAUACCAUCUCCUGCCCCUACCAACCCUGCAAGCUAUGUGACCACUCUCCCGGCUGUCACUAGAGUCACUGAGUUGGUGUACCCUUCUUCUUUGACUUGCAAUGGCGGCGAGACUGUCACUAUCAGUGGAGCUCCAACCGUGGUCGCAGGUCCCACAGUCCUCACGAACUGUCCUUGCUCCACUCGCACCACUGUGAUUGCACCUGGUCCAGUGAUCACUCUCCCCGCUGCAUUCGCUCCGGGUGCAGCUUCUGGCAAUGCUGGCGGAGCUGCUGGUGGAAACGCCGGUGGAAACGCCGGUGGAAACGCCGGUGGAAAUGCUGGUGGAGCUGCUGGAAAUGUUGCUACCACCGUCGUCAACACUUAUGUUGUCUACCCAAGCGCCUUCGUUGGCAAUGGUGGCGAGACAUUGACAAUCGGCGGUACCAUCACGGUCGUUCCUGGACCUACCGUCAUCUCUCAGUGCCCUUGCACUCAAGCUACCGCUGUCACUAUUACCGGCCCUACCGUAACUAACACUAUCACUCAAUUCAUCCCCAUCCCAACUGUUAUUGCGGGCGCAACUGUCACGAGCACAGCCACUGUCAUUUCUGGUGUGACUGUCACUCAAACAACCACUGCCACUGCUACAUCUGGCGCGGGAGUGCCAGCUGCUGGUACCUUCGGAACUACUGUCGAUGGUGUCACCUUCCUUGUCGAGGAACAAAUCAACUACGAUGGUACUCCGCUCGCUUUGCCCGCCCGUAAGAAUAAGCGUCAGCAGACCUCUGUCAACCUCCAAGUCUGUCUCGAGACUUGCGCUGAUAACGAGGCAUGUGCUGGCACUUCUCUGAACACUGAGUCGUCGACUUGUCUCUACUUCAGUGCCAUCUUUGCAUCCACCAGACGUCGCGAUGUCACUAUCAUAUUCGCUACCGUCAUCAGCCGUGUCACACCUACUGGAACUUCCAGCUUGAGCAGCUCCACUACCAGCUCCUCCUCUAGUUCUAUGACUUCCUCUUCUCUCAUCACCACAACUUCUGCCACAUCCACCUCUGGCACCUCAACUUCUGGUACUUCCACUUCUGGUACCUCCACUACUGAGAACGGAGGCACUUCAACCUCUGGCACUUCCACUUCUGGAACCUCCACCUCCGGAACAUCGACCUCGGGCACUGCCACCACCAGCCAGACAGCCGACCCUUCAUCUGAUCCUUCCACUGACGCUCCCGCUGAGGAAGAACUUGUUGCCCGUGCCGCUGCCCCCAAGCCUGCUGGUCUGACUCUUCGUAACGCCGACCGCAACAAGGCUGGUGCCGUCGUCCGUCGCGGUGGUGUCCUUCGCCGCUCCAAUGCUGAGCCUGCUGCUAAGCAUGCUCCUCGCAAGGUCGUCAUCGAGCUGUAA